AUGACAGUCGCACAGGGCUACCACAACCUCAUCCCCGUGACGAACCUCUCGCCACCCGUCGACACGACGCAGCCCUACGAUCCCUCCACCCUCGCCGGCAAAACCGUCCUCAUCACCGGCGGCGCCCUCGGCCUCGGCGCGGCGUUUGCGAGGGAGUGGGCCUCGCACGGAGCGAAUGUUAUCGUCGGGGACAUUAACCCGUCCGCGGGCGAGGCCUUAGUGGCCGAACUCCGCGCCGAGUAUUCAAAGCGGGGAGGAGGAGCAGGACAAGAAGGGGGAAAAGGAGGAUCACACCACUUUGUCACCUGCGACGUCACGUCCUGGGAAUCACAGGUCUCUUUCUUCAAGGAAGGCGCACGCCUCUCGCCGAACGGCGCCAUCGACGUCGUGGUAGCCAACGCGGGCGUCAACGAGCCUGGCGCCAAUGGGCGCUUUGAGAUGCCUCUGGCCUCGAGUUCGGACCCGGACGCGCCGCGGGAGCCGUCGACGAAGAUCAUUGACGUUAACAUCACGGGGUUAUCGUACACUACGCACCUCGCCCUCUUCUGGCUUCCGCGGAACGGGAACAGUACCGGUGCAGGUGUCGGUGGCACGCCCCGCGACAGAUGCUUGUUGUUGGUGGGUUCUGUUGCGGGCGUGGGGCAUUUCCCGGGCCAGGCGCCGUAUACCAUGUCCAAGCACGCCGUCACGGGUCUGUUCCGUGCGAUGCGCGGGACGGCGUAUUUGCGGCACCGGGUGCGGAUGAACAUGGUGUGUCCGUACUUUGUGAGCGGGAGCCAGAUGUUCCCCGGUGCGGCGGAGGCGGCGUUACUCGGUGGCGGGGCGGGCGGGGCGCAGGGGAGGGAUGUUGUCGAUGCCGCGACGAGGCUUGUUGCGGAUGAGGGGGUCGUGGGAAGGGCUUUGCUUGUUGGGCCGGAGGUUGAUGCUUUGGGGUUGGUGGAGGAGGAUGAGGACGGGGAGGUGAUGAUGGUUGGUAGGAAGGGGGGGAAGGUUGCGGUGUGGGAUGUGUAUGCGGAGGAUUAUAAGGAUUGCGAGGCUUUUGUGUGGAGGUGGAUUCGGGUGUUGAAUACGGUUGAGUAUGUUCGGGGGUGGACUGGGUGGAUUGGGGAUGUGUUUUCGAUUCUGACGAGGCCGGUUCGCGGUGGGAGACAAGCGGCUAUUCUGCAUGAUGACCAUGUGCGUAGUUUAUAG